AUGAGGAGUUUUACGCAGCAGAGAUUUUUGACCCUUUCAAGGCGGGUUAAGGGUCUAGCGCCAGGCGCGUUUACGAAUCAGGGAAUCAAGGGAUAUGCGACGCUAGAACGGCAAGAAGGAGCAUUGGAUUGCUUCAAAGAGAGAGCGCUGAGGCGGUUUAACGACAGCUGGUGGAAGUGGGUUCCCGCUACGGCUUUAGCAUUUUUUUGGAUUGAAUGGUCGCAUAAUUUCAACGAACAGCAAAAACGAAAAUCACCAGCGGACUACGAAAACGAUGAGUAG